AGACAAAGGAGUCAAACUUUGCUACAUUUCUCUCUCUCUCAACGGCUACUUCGUUUUCCUUUCCCUUCACUGAAAGAUGGAUUUCCGUAGCAACGAUGGCGGCAAUAUCAACAGCACCGAUAUGUGGCAAUGGCAGCAAGAAGAAGAAUGUUGCCUGCCAACAUAUUCCCAAUUUGCUUUACCUCUAUGGGAUGAUACGAUGGGAAAUCAAACUCCACUUCGAGGAUUUGGUGAUUUCGACUUAGACGAAUUGGAUUUUGGAGAUGAGGCCGAGAAGGGCGUGGAGGAAGCAAACGAGGCAUCAAGAGUGAAAAGGCGUCGUGUUCUAAAUUUUUUUUCUGAUGAUGAUGGUGCCACAGCCGUCAAUGAGCAUUUGUCCUCUGAAGUUCGGGAGGACUCGACAUCGGCAAAAAUUUGCACACAAAAUUUACAGUCGAAUCUUACGUGUUCAGGUUUUUAUUUUCUUACCUCGGAAAGAAUUUUUCUAGCAGCAGAUGUGGAUUUCCAGCUAUUCUAAUCAAAGAAUUUGUGAUAGAUGAUAGAUUUCUUUUCAGUAAUGAAGUCUUGGAUCCAUCCUCAGAUGAAUGGAUGGAGAACUAUUUCAAUGAUAGUGAGAUGUAUUGCAACUCUAAAUACACAUCUUUUCCUUUCCAUGCUUCAUGGUUGAAUUUACAUAGUUGUUAUAUUCUGUUGAUAAUCUGGUGUUGAAUCUCAUAAUAGGUCUUCCAGUAUGAACGAUCAAGUCAAACUCAAUAGCCAAAUUGAUGUUUCAGAUUUUCUCACUGGAGAACCUGAUAAAAAGACUAAGGUCCUGCCGAACCCCCCUAAACCAUCUACUCUUAGGAUAUUCAAAGGCAGAAAAUCUCAUAUCAGCUCUCUGACAAAGUUAACUACCUCUGUUGCUUAUCCUUUUACCCUCGUCAAACCAUUACAAAUUCAAGGACACGUGACUUUGAAGGACAUAAAUCAACGGAUUCAUUCUCAACCAUCAUCAAGACCUAGAAAUGAGGAGGUUGAUAAUCCUUCAAUCAGUUAUCCAACCUCAGCUUUUUCUGGGAAGCCUGUUAUUGGGAAGACUAAGAUUCUCACCGAAGGGGGAAAAGGAAGCAUUACUAUUCUAAGAACCAAAGGCUGAGUAGAUAGCUUCCCUUCUGCAACAUUGGUGCUCAUUUAAGUGAGACAUUAAAACGUUCCCAACAUAAAAGGCUGGCCAUAUAAGUUUAAACUGAGAAAUCUUGUGCUGGUGGAAUCUUUUGGAUUCUAUUUUAGUUUUAUUGAUUCAUUGGUGGUGCUACUCUUGUAUUGUAGCUCCAGAGAGAAACUAUUCUGACGUGUUUUGGCACUAACUUGCCUUUUCAUCCCAAUCAAACAUAUGCACUUGUUAAGUUCUUAUUAAAUAUAAUUGCAUACUUACUGCUCCCAGUGAUUAACAAAAUGUCAUUGGCUUUUCUGUUA